AUGAUUGGAGAUCAGUCCCUCUUGUUGAUGUUUUAUUUUUUGUUGAUUUCUUUGAUGUUUUUUUUUUUUUUUUACUGUCGACAUCAGGACUGUCUAAGGACAGGACUGUCUAAGAACGCAUUUGAUCCGCUUUUGCCUCGAUCUCUCUCCUAUAUGGAUGGCGAGUGGGACGUGGUUGUUGGUGGUCGCGGUACCAUUCCCACGAGCAAGGGGCGUGUUCAUCUGGCACGCGAGGAACCGUCCCACCAAAAAAACCGCAAAGACCAGGCUGGCCAACUCCGCGACAUCCCAGACCCCGAUGCGACCGAUUUCCGUCCCUGGUACGGUGUUGGCCUGGCCACCCUGAGCCUGACCGACAGCACGCAGCCCUUUUCCAGCAACCCGAUGGUGAUGCAGCUACAGGCCGAUGCGCCCAACUCGGGCAUUGGCAAUGAUGGCUACUGGGCAAUCUCAGCGCGCCCUGGUGUUGGCUUUAAUCUUACGUUCUGGGCCAAGAGCUCUCAACAGCUGGCCUUGCAGGCCCAGCUUCGCGAUCGCGCCUCAAGCCAGGUCGUGGCCUCUGCCGGCUUGGUCACCUUGACAAGCCAAGUCAACAGCUGGACCCGUUACGAAGUGUCCAUUCCGGCUGCGGCGAGCUUCGUGCCAGCCGUCAGCUUUGAGCUUGUUGUGGCCAACGGGUCGGGCACCGUCUUGUUGGACCACGUGUCUCUGAUCCCGCAGGACGCCAUUUACGGUCUUUUCCGCGCUGAUCUGGCCAACGUUCUUCAUGGUCUCAAGCCUGGCUUUGUCCGUUUGCCUGGUGGCAAUUACCUCGAAGGAUAUACUGUGGACACGCGCUGGAACUGGAAGAAUGCCCUGGGCAACCGCGAAAACCGCUCCGGCCAUUUUAACUCUGCUUGGGGCUACUGGGUCACGGAUGGCAUGGGUCUGUAUGAGUUGAUGCUCCUGGUGGAGUUCCUUGAGAGCCAACCUCAAGUCUCCAUCUACACGGGUUAUUCCAUGGGACUGCCGUACGUGCCGCUGAAUGAGAGCGGAUGGAUUGUGCAGGAUGCGGUUGACCUGAUUGAGUUUGUCAAGGGCAACACGAGCACGCCCUAUGGAGAGAUGCGUGCAGCCAUGGGUCACCCGGCGCCCUUCUAUCUCAACCGCCUGGAGGUGGGCAAUGAGGAGCACUUGAUGGAUUCGGGCAGCUACCCGGGUCACUACAAGUUGAUCACGGAUGCCAUUUGGGCCAAGUAUCCCGACAUGCAGGUGGUGGCUUCGGGCCGCUGGGGCGGUUUUAACGGCGACGGCAGCCCGUGCACCUCGGGCAAUCCACCCAUGCGCUGUGACAUGUGGGAUGACCAUUACUAUGAAGACCCGGACACGAUGGCAGCCAUGACGACGCAGUACGAUGCUUAUCCGCGUGACUUUCCCGACGUUUUUGUGGGCGAAUACGCGGCGCGCGGCAACGGUCAGGAGCUGGCGUUGCAAAAUGCCUUGGGUGAAGCGGCCUUUUUGCUGGGUGGGGAGGCCAACGGCGAUAAGGUCAAGGCGACGAGCUUUGCGCCCCUCUUCGGCAACGUCUACUACCAGCAGUGGCUCUACAACCUGGUCAACUUCAAUGGCAGCACCCAUUUUGUGCUGCCAUCUUAUUAUGUGCAGACAAUGCUGCAGGCGGCACGGGGUACGGUGUACGUGUCGGAGAUGUCGCUGACAGAUGGCUCGAGCUUGACGCGGGUCGUGGCAAGCGUGCAAAACAACAACACGCUUCAUGUCAAGCUGGUCAACUAUGGCAGCCAGCCGCAGCCUGUAACGAUUGUGGCGCCCACUUUGGGAUUGCACGGCACUGCCAACAUCACCACGCUGACCUCGACCACGGGCCCGUCGGCAGCCAAUAGCCUCGAUGAGCCCAACGCUGUCGCGUGGGCUCCAAGUGAGAUUUGGCAGUCAGACGAGUGGCGAUGGAGCCAAACACGGGUGAGGGCUCGCAACCAUGCUACAGGGUGCAUCUUUCCCCUUCCUUCAAAUGGCGGCUUGCCGACCCUGAUAAAGCGAUCAAAUCCAUCUGCCCGGGUCCGAUCUGGUCCGAUCUGGUCUCGUCUGGAUGGUCUGCUGGUCUGUCUGUCCCGCCCCCGUAUGUGUGUGUGUGUGUGUGUGUGUGUGUGUGUGUGUGUGUGUGUGUGUGUGUGUGUGUGUGUGUGUGUGUGUGUGUGUGUGUGUGUGUGUGUGUGUGUGUGUGUGUGUGUGUGUGUGUGUGUGUGUGUGUGUGUGUGUGUGUGUGCACGUGUGCAGACAGGCGCGUGA